UAAACAAUGAGAGAUCAUUUGCAACGCGAGUGAAAAUAGUGGGAUAAAAAGUGAGAAAUCUCAAGCCUUCAGGCUCCAGAGGAAACUUCAGCGCCCUGCAGCGAGUCCAGUGUCCUUUGGGAGAUGAGAAGAUGAUAAGAUAAUAAUAGCCUUACUUCUAUUGUGCAGUUCUACCACCCUAACUGUGUAUACAUAGUAAAUAUGUACUUACUAGUCAGUGAAUUCGAUGUGAAGCAGAUGGAGCGUAUUUUCUUCUUCAUGGUUGUACUGUCAGCCGUCUUUCCAGUUGCAGACGGCUGUUCCAGUCGCCACAGACGACCAAUGCCCGUACCUGAGUUCAACGCGUGUAGUGCGCCAUACAGCACCGCGUACUGCUUGAACGGCGGCGCCUGCUUCAAUUACACCAUCGGACAGCUCCACCUGCCGGCCUGCCAGUGCGCCCCAGGGUUCAUGGGCGAGCGCUGCGAGCUGAAGUACUUGCGGCACCGCUUGGCGGCCACGAGGGGCGCAGCCCUGGUGGGCUUAGCCGCCCUCGCGGUGGCACUCCUACGCAGCGCCAUCUCCCGCGCCUAUCGCUAGUCUUUAGUAAGUCCUUGUUAGUUGUACAGCUUAUUCUUCCUGUACCCGCCUAGUAUUGCUCAAUGUGCCUAUAUACAUACGCGGUAUAUAGUGAAUUAUAGUGUAUUGUAAGUUGAA